AGAGUAAAAUUUUGAAUUUAAGAGAGAGAAAUUAUCUCCAGUGACCGUUGGAGCACUUCCCACACACAAACUCGCACAGCAAAGAAGAAGAAGAGGAUAUGCUGAAGAACGCCGACGAAUCGAAAUUGAAAUCGAAGAUGAGGCUGAAAUCGACGAGGAAGCCGCUCCGAGAUGUUUCUAACGCCAACACAGCCGUUAAAUCAGGCAGUAAUGACAACAAAAUAUCCAAAAAUGGCGGUGGAAAAGCUGGAGACGAUUCGCUCGAUCGCCUUCUCCUCGUACAUUCGGAUCUAUCCUCCCUCAUACGACAGAUAGAUGAAUUAGUCGUCGAAGCACUCCAGUUGAAAGGAAAUGGCACAAGGAAGGAGAUUAAAGAAUUUGCAGAUGUCUUAUCUGAUAUGCAGACUUCUUUAAAGCCAUGGGUUCCUAGAUUUCAAAAGGCAGUUCUCGGUCAAUCCACAGUGUCGGACAAUAAUUCAGAGCAGCCAAUGGAGAAAAAGGCACUUAAUGUCUUAAAAGAAAGCACAAGUACUGCUGCUGCAAGUCCUGAAGAAAUGAAGUGGGAGUCACUUGUCUCUCCAUCACCCUUGGUAUCGUGGCGGGCUGGAUGCAACACAGAAAGUGGUAGACAAUUGUUUCUACUCACACCAAUGCCUCAGAGAAAGGCUUUUUCGUCUAAAUAUCAAGCAUCAUCUCUUCAUGAAAAGUUUCCAUCGGAUGAAGUUGCCCACCCGGUAUCUCUUUCCGGUGCAGUGAGAAACUUGGGUAAUGAUGUUUGUGAAGGUGCAGUGAACAAUCUAAUAACUGAGUGUGCUUCACCACAAAAGGUUUCAAAUACGAAUUGCUCCUCGUAUAUGAUGACUCCGUGCAUGAAAAUGUCGCCGCCAAAGUCUUGCAUAUUGCUUGAUUCGAUACCAGCCUUCUCCAAAAAGAAAAACCAGGUAGUCCACAAAUCUACACCUUUUCCUACCCAAGUUCACAGCUUCAGUGAUUCCCCGGAUUUAGAAUGCUCCAGCGAUCAUCAAUCUUCAGAUGACCUUAAGCUGAAGUAUCCUGAGAUCUAUGGAAUAAAGAAAGAAAACACACAAAAGAAAGUUGCAGCAGAAGAUUCACCAAAUUGGAUUGUGUCACCUCCUAAAACUUGUGUUAUAAUGGAUCCUACCAAUGAGCCAUUGUUGAAAAACCGAUCUGAUCUUUGCUUGCCGUCGAAAACCACCACAGUAGUAAGUAACAAGGAAGGUCACUUCCACUCCAUGAAGGCAAAAGAGAGUGAAGGUGGCAAUGCCAUUACCACUUCAAAGAGCAACAAGCUGCAAGAUAUUAUUCGCACACUUGAUUUAGCUGAAUUCACACCAAUGGUGAAGGAGCCUAUGAGCAGCAUGCGAAUGGGAAAAAAACAUCCAGGCGAGAACACGUUGAAGAAAGAACUGUGGAUGAAAUUUGAAGCAGCAACUAGUGAUCUUUGUUUCAAUAGUUCUCUUCUCCAAGAUACUACCAAGAAAGGAUUUCUUGACAUUUUGGAUGAGGCGUCUGAUGCAUAGCUAUUUCUGGCAUGAGCUUAAAUUUUGUGGUAUAAGGGAAUGAGAAAACUGCAGUUUUGUGAGCUUGCUUACUGAAGGAGUGUGGAGUUUGUUGGAGUUCUAUCUUCCUGCUCUUGUCUGUAAAAUGGCUGUAAUCUUUCUUGAAAUGAGAAAAAGUUAAUGUAAAUAUAGUUGGAGUAUUUUUU